AUGAGCGCCAAAGCCGCCAAAAAAGCCGCCAAGAGGGCGGAGAAUGCCUCGGACUUUUACAUGGGCGACGAUGUUUCAGAAGAAGAGAAGAAGCCAAGGCCCAAAACAAGCUCCAAGAUCCCUCAACAGCCAUUCCGGUUCCUUGAUCUACCGUCAGAGAUCCGGCUGCAGAUUUAUCAUCUCGUCCUAUUCACGCCCACGCGCAAGACUGCCCGGCAAAAUCGAGGCACCGUGGGCGCCUCCGCGAAGAAAUCAAAGCCCUUGGCCCCGGCAUCGGUGCGCAUAGCCUUGUUCCUCGUCUCGCGCCGCAUCCAUGAUGAAGCGAGCCAUUACUUUUUCUCGACUCAGAUUUUCCGGGUCUUUCCCGUGCAGGACUUCUCACGCAGGCCGACCGUUCGCUCUCUACCCCGCCGCCACCGCUCCUUGGUUACUACGAUCGAACUGAUUCUGGGGAAUAGUUGGACAAAUCCACCCAAGUCGUGGACUGUGGAUAAGAGUCUCGGCCUCCAGGAUAUGGUCCUCACUCGCACCCUGAAGGUUUUCGUUGAGUGUGAUCCUUCUCAGCCUAUUUUUGAGGGCUUCCGAAUAUCCAGAGAAUAUUAUACCGAGUUUUCGGGGCGGCUGAUGCGUGAGAUUCUCGAACAACUGCCCGCAUUAGAGCAUGUGGAAUUUGACGCCUAUCCAUCUGUAAAAAAAGACGGGUCACUCAUGAGCAGACUCCUUCUGGAGACUCAGAAGGCUGGGCUGGGAGUGUUCUGGGGCCCUGAGAGAGGCUGGACAGAUUUCGGUACCAAGGGAUUCGAGGAACUUGAACAGGAAGCAGAAGAGGCGGCUAAAGAGGCGGCUAAGAAUGAAGCUCUUGACAAGUUCCGGUCCCGGUUUGGAUCUGGCUCGGUUGAUGAGCUCAACAAGUCCUUUCAGUCUGUCAGUCUCGGUGGGUUUUAG